AUGGCUCGUCCAGCGUCAUCAACGACCGAUGUCAUCGACUACUUCAUCGCCAUCUUCAUCCCUCCUCUGGCCGUCUUCCUCAAGCGCGGAUGCGGCGCCGAUCUGCUCAUCAACAUCGGCCUGACCAUCCUGGGCUGGAUUCCCGGCCUGAUUCAUGCUUGGUGGAUCAUCAGCAAACAUGAGAGGCCUCGCGUUGCGCAUGGCUAA